AUGAAAUCUGUGAAUAUUUUGAAAAUGCUAGAAGCUAAUAAAGAAAAUAGAAACUUUUAAUUUGUUUAAAAUAGGUAAACUAGGGUUUAAUCUACUCUCUAUAUUAAAGAUGAGUUAUCUCAACAAAAUAUAAAACCAAGAGUAAUAAGAGUAUCAAAAUGGAAUAAAUCAUAAAAUAUUAGAGACAAUACAAAAAGAGAGGAUCAAAGACAUAUAAGUUAUGAAAUGCCAAGAUAAAAAACUGAUUAAUAUUAGCAUAUAUAAAGAACUUUAAAAAAUAGAAGUUUAACCAACAUCUAGAUUUCUAUUCUAAAUUAAGCUCAGAAUAAUAACAAUAAUAAUAAUGCUUCAAUAUCAUUACCUAAUAGCAAUAAAUGUAAGAAUUAUUAUUAUAUUGAUAGAUCUAGUUACAAAAGGAUAAGAUAAAUUUUCAUCAACAGAAAAUUACAGUAAUCCUUAAUUAGUUUAAACUUACAAGCAAGAUAUCUAUAAAUAUCUUCAAGAAUUGAAUCAAAAGUAAUAAUAACAAUAAUAAAAUGCUAUCUCUUAUAAUGCAUUUUACUCGUAAAGUUAAAUAACUCUAAAAAUGAGAAAUAUUCUUAUUAAUUGGCUUUUUGAAGUGCAUCAUAAAUUAAAACUGUAAUUAGAGACUCUUUUAUUGACAGUAUGGUUAAUAGAUAAGUAAGUAUUUAGAAUAAUCAAGAUUUAUUGAAACUCAAUUAGUAUAAAAAAAUAGAUUUUAAUUAUUUGGAAUAGCUUGUUUAUUUAUAGCAUCAAAAUAUCAAGAAGUUUAUGGUGUUCCAAAAAGUGGUUAGUUAUCAAAGUUAUGUGAUGAGGUGUAUAGUAAAGAAGAUAUUUUGAAAGCAGAAGGGUAAAUUUUGUAAAAUUUAAAUUUUAAUUUAUCUUUCAUAUCACCACUUCGAAUAUUUGAACAUAUAGCAGAAGUGGAUGAUUAAAUUAGGUUGAUUAUAUAAAUUUAAUUAGUUGAUAUCUGAUAUAAUUGGCUUCAUUUAGUUAUGGAUUUGCUAAUGGAGAUCCUUUUUAAAUAGUGGCCAUUAUUUUAAAUAUUGUUGAAAAAAUCUCGAAUAAAAAAAUUGAUACUUCAAUGUUAAAGGUAACAUUAUUACCUUAAUAUUUUAGAUUGAUUCUAAUGAAAUUAACAAAUUAACAAAAGAGUUAAUAUAAACUUGGUUUAUGGAUGAAGUUAAUUAACCAUUUCCAUCCCUUAUUAAAAAGUAUUAACUAUCUCAUUAUAAUCAUGCUUCAACAAUUAAUUUUAGUUUAGAUCUAUUUUUUUGA